AUGUCAAAACGUUUCGCCGAGUCGGAUGGCCAUGAAUCUAGAGACAACAAGCGCACCAAGACCCAGCCUCCGGUCGCUGUAAUCCCCGCCACUGAUAUUUUCUCCGCUCGUCAGCUUCAGGAACUUCUUUCAUUCAGCCAAGAUGGUGUUCAGGAUUUGAGGAAUGGCAUUCAAUCCUUCAAGCAACUUUUGGAGCUCAUCCUGUACCAACCCGAUGAACCAAACCGUCCGGCUAAGAUCAACAUCCUCAAUGACUAUCUGGAUGCUGCCAAAUUGAAAGCUGCCCGUGACAAGGAUGCCGAAUAUCUACCUGAUUUCAUGCAGGCAUGGGGCUUUGCUAACCAGACUAACAACGAUUAUCUGGCUACCUCGGUUGCAUCAAUCUUGGCUCUGCUUCUGAAGACAAUUGCUUCUCUCAUCGAGUCUCGCGAAUAUGGCAUUCUUCUCAUCAAGACUCUUCUUAACCAUGCCCAGCUCAAACUUAUUUCAAGAAGUGUCUCUGCUCCCAAGCACAAGGAACAUGUCAUCUCGCCUUCUCUGCGUAUUCUUACCGAGAUGGUCUCUUUCGAUGCCGGUCUCAUGGCUAAGCAGGUUUAUGCAAAACGCGACUUUACAUUCGAAACAAAAAUUGUUGCUCGCAAUCUCUGUAUAGUAAAGAGUGGUUCUGGGCCUUCAAUCCGCUCAAACGCUGUCCGCUACCUACUCGCAAACUUCAAAUACCAGGGAGAAGGUGCCAAGAUUGAUAUCCUCAAGAACGGCCACAUCAUCAAGGCUUUGUUUGACCACCUGAAAGACGACUCUGCCGAUGCUCUACAGGAGAUAUUCAAGGUACUGGAGACUGGUAUUUUACGCGAUGAGACCAUCCCUCGCGCAACCAAGACUCAGACCAUCAGCGAGCGUUCUCUGGCAGGCGUCCUUGCCGCCUUACGCACAUUCGCCGCCACCGAAAGCCCGACAGGCGACGACUCUACCUUGAUCCGCGGNAAAAGUGCAAUCGUGUCUUUCUUGAAACUCGUUAGCACUACGCCUUCACUUGGUCUGCUCCGUCCUAGCGGAUGGUAUCCUCCUGGAAGCGAACGUCACACUAGAGAUCAGAACGAUGAGGUCGAAACUGAUCUCGCCCUUGACCUUGGCCUUGACUCUGUCGACUGGUACAACAAGUUUCAAAGUCAGGUUCCCGUACGAAACACAAUCCUUUCUGGCUUUUCGCAGACUUUGAAGCCAUACGCAAGCGAAGAUGAGAGAGACAUCCUACUUUCCAUCUUCGCCGCAGCACCUGAAAUUAUUGCAGACUACUACUUCUCAAGAGGAGAGAAGUUCUCAUUUGAACCCAAGCUCACCAAUACCUGGAUAGGAUAUGCUUCCUUCCUCUUCUCAUCCGUCCAAGUGUCUUUCCCCAAGUACUUUGGCGCCAUAGAUCACUAUGCAAGCUGCCCUCCGCCCGUCUCAAUCGCCAUCGAAAACAUCCUUCCUCUGCCUCUCACUCAAAGAAUCCUGACGAAAUCCUUGAACCAAUCUUCCGACCUCAUCACACUUUUCGCCGUCCGUAUUCUAGUCGUCGCUUUCCAGAAGUUGCAACAAGUUUUGCAAGCGUUCAAUGUUGCAGCCGCCGAAGGCAACCCUCUAUGGAAAGAAGGAUCUAUCAGACUGAUUGCCGAGUUCUGUCAAAGAUGUCCUCCUGUCAAAGACGUGAUUGCCGCUUUCCGCAAGAUCUCUGACGAAAACAUUCUUCAAAAGGAAGCCAUCUCAAGACUACUUCGCAUGUACUAUCAAGUCACGCCUCAAGCAGCACUGGAAGAGAAGUUCGACGUCUCUCAGGCUUUGACUGUUGCCAUGUCGAGAGUCGAGACCAUGUCUUCUGAUAGUGAAAACUACGCUUUCCGUCUAUUGGAGCUGCAGCACUUGCUCGUCAUUGCCCAAUGCUCUGCAGGUAUGCGUUGGUGGCACAAACAGGGCUCGCUCAAGUUUUCUCCAUUUACUACUCUUCUUCGUCUAAGCGCGCAGACGCCUGUGGACCAGUCUACUGGGUCUGAGUUUAUCAAUCUGCUUCAGUCAGUCAUUGAUGAGCAUAGCAUCCUUCAGCAGCAAACUAAGGAGUCCCCCGUAAAUGCGCUGAUUGCCAGUCUUGCGGAUGGUGAGUCUUGGAAGCCGAGUGAGGCACUCUACACCUUCAUCGAUGACUGUCUCGGUCGUCUUGUCAGAAAGCCGAUCAAGUAUCUGGACGACCUCGAUGAGUUGGCUGGUGGUUCAGACCAUGGCAAGAUCCUCAGCGCGCUGGUCAUGGUCUGCUUGGAACAAAUCCCCUUCACCUCGAAACUGCCAGAAUCAGACCGCUUGAAUGUGUUGACGUGGUUCUCUCGCUUCUUGGAAUUGCUCAAGGUGAUGGGCGAGGAUGUUGAGCUAUUGCAGCUCAUCAGACAGAGAGUGACAGACUUACCUGUCGUUUCUUCUGUAGAGCUCGAACCGAUAUUGCGAUCAAUCACUUCUCGCAGACAAUCCCACGAUGACAAGACCUCAGUUCCAGCAUCCUCAUCCGACAAAAAAUCCACAAGACAACCUCUUGCAUUCUCAGACCCUCCUGUCGAAAAGCAAAACCAUCCCGAGUUGAGUAGAUGGCAACANAAAGAUCUGGACGAGUCUCUUGAAAACGGCGAUAUUGACAGCCUUGUUCUCUGCCUGUCUUCGCAAGACAGCUCGGUCAGAUUGCAAGCACAUGCCGCUAUUCGCAAGCUCAUGGCUAAGGUUAAAGAAUCCACCAACGACGACAAAGAUCAGAUCUACCUAUUACUCGGUGAACUCUCCGAGACCGUGGCCGAAAUGUCGCCAUCAACCAUUGCACAACAACCGCUUCCUUAUAUCGUCACCGUAUUCGCCACGCAAGCCCUGAAUAUCCUUCAAGACCCCUCUCACUUUAUGUACCCCAAAAUCAACAAAUACCUUAACAAAGGUCCAGUCUGGAAUAUCGGCAAACUGGCAAAUCACUGGAUCGACCGAACAGUUCUCGAAACUCCUGAAGAGGAUGACAAACACUGGGCAGAGAUUGAAUUCGUACUUGAGUUUUUCGCCAACGGUACAAGGACACUGCAAGAUGUACAUAUGCUUCUCCCACGCAACUGUAUGGAAAAAGUCCUGGAUCUCUUCGCCAGCCCAUCGGCGCCCAAGGGUGUCAAGGACGCAGUAUUGAAGGUGGUUUACCGAAUCGCUGCUGUAGGCGGAGCUACCAGUCUUGUCACUAGGACAGGCGUGUUGGCUUGGUUGGAUAUGAGAGCUAAGGUCGGCGAUGUGGAUGCAGCGACACUGGAGGUACUGAAACACAAAGUGAAUGAUGGACUUGACGAGACCAGAGUCAAGACUUGGAGUAAGGGUGCUUUGAUGGCUAUUCAAGCGUAG